GCGAACAGGCGGUGGAAUGAACGCCCGCGUGAGGCCCCGGCCUCACGAGCGGCAGCUGCGGCGCCGACCCCGCCCCUCCCGCCGCACGCAGGCGCACUGCAUCCAGCAUGAGGGUCGUGGCCCUGAUCAGUGGUGGGAAAGACAGCUGUUAUAAUAUGAUGCAGUGCAUUGCUGCUGGGCAUCAGAUUGUUGCUUUAGCAAAUCUAAGACCUGAUGAAAACCAAGUGGGAUCUGAUGAACUGGAUAGCUACAUGUAUCAGACAGUGGGUCAUCAAGCCAUUGACUUGUAUGCAGAAGCAAUGGCUCUUCCCCUCUACCGCAGAACCAUAAGAGGAAGGAGCUUGGAUAUAGGACAAGUGUACACCAAAUGUGAAGGUGAUGAGGUUGAAGAUCUCUAUGAGCUUUUGAAACUUGUUAAGGAAAAAGAAGAAGUAGAUGGGAUAUCAGUAGGUGCUAUACUUUCUGAUUAUCAGCAUGCUCGAGUACAAAAUGUGUGUAAAAGGCUUAAUCUCCAACUGUUAGCUUACCUUUGGCAAAGGAACCAGGAAGAUUUGCUCCGAGAGAUGAUAGCAUCUAACAUUCAAGCAGUGAUCAUCAAAGUAGCAGCUUUGGGUUUAGAUCCAGAUAAACAUCUUGGGAAAACGCUGGAUGAGAUGGAACCUUAUCUCUUAGAGCUUUCUAAGAAAUAUGGAGUCCACGUAUGUGGAGAAGGUGGAGAAUAUGAAACAUUCACUUUGGAUUGCCCUCUAUUUAAGAAGAAAAUAAUUGUGGAUUCUUCAGAAGUGGUUGUACAUUCAGCUGAUGCAUUUGCACCUGUGGCUUAUCUACGCUUUUUAGAAUUGCACUUAGAAGACAAGGUAUCUCCAGAGCCUGACAACUAUAAAACAUCUACGUAUAUACAUAAUUUUUGAAAAAGCAUUUUCAAAAACAUCAUUGACUAAGCAGUCAUUUUUGUACAGAAAAGUUAACAUAGCAUUUUGUCAAUUACUAUGGCCAGUUUUUCCCAUUACUUUAUUUUUUUAUUUUUUAAAUGCUUUUUUUAAGAAGAAAUUAAUAGAAUCAUUGAUUAAUUGAAAAAAUAUCAACAGCUUAUUCAUUAACAUUACCAACUUCUCUAUAUUGACUUUUUCUUUGGUUAACACAACCUUUCCAUGACUUCUAUGUGACAUAUAUCUUUUGUUCUCCUUUAAUUUUACCUGUAACUCCUGUAUGUGUAAUUAUUUCUUUAAUUGCACUAUUUUCCUCUUUAUUCUUCUCAUCCUUGCAAUCUAUGUCAUGAUACAGAAGCAUAUGAAAAGACAAUCACUUUAUUUAGCCAGUUGAGUUUAUUUUACUGUAUAUCACCAAAAUGAUCUCUAUUUUUUGUAUCAACGUUACUGGACAAAUAGGAAUAAUACCAUUACUUUAAUUGGUUAUUUUAUAAUCAUGUUUAUUUACACCCUCUUUAAAAAAAAUAGAAUGUGGGGGGCAUCUUUCAGUUCACAGCAAAAUUGAGAUGUACGGAGUUCCCUUAUAUACUCCCUGCUUCCACACAAGCAUGGUCUACUCCACCAUAAACUUUCUGUGCCAGAGUCAUACAUUUUUUACAACUGCUGAACCUAUUUUGAUUAAAUAUUAUCAUAAAAAGCCCAUAGUUUACAUUAAGGUUCACUGUUAAUUUUUACAGUCUAUAUGUUUUGAUAAUGUCAAAUAGUAUCCACUAUUACAAUAUCAUACAGAAUAGUUUUGCCACCUUAAGAUCUAUGUUCCACUUAUUCAUUUCUUCACUGGUAUUCUUUAAUCUCUGGCAACCACUCAUUUUAUUGUCUCCAUACCUUUGUUUUUUCCAGGAUGUCAUAUAAAAAAAAUACUGUAUGUAUCCUUUCCCGAUUAGCUUCUUUCUCUUAUUAAUUUGCAUUUAGGUUCCCUCAUUUUUUUUUAAGUCUUGUUAGCUUAUUUCUUACAAGUACCUAAUAAUAUUCCAUUGUCUGAACAUAACAAAGUUUAUUAUAUCCUUUCACCUCCUUAAGGACAACUUAGUUGCUUCCACCUUUUAGCAAUUAUGAAUAUAACUACUAUAAACAUCCAUGUGCAUGUUUUUGUGUAAACAUAAGUUUUCAAUUCAUUUGUAUAAAUACCAAUGAAUAUGAUUAUUGUAUUUAUAAAAGUAUAAUGAAAGGAUGUUUAGCUGUACUAUUUUGCAUCCCACCAGUAAUAAAUGAAUUUCUUUUCUUACAUUCUUAACAGCA